UAUAAAUCUCCUGUCCGCGAUGGACUCGUAAACUACUUAACCGAUUUUAAAUUAAAUUGGCACACCGUGAGCAGUCUGGUCCAACUUAAGAGAUAGGCUUAGAUCUUUAAUUAUAGUCGCAAUUUUAUUUUAUUGCAAAUUAUUUGUCUAUAAUUAAUUGACAGUCACAAUUAUCUGUUAACUCCAAAAGAUUUUAACAGAUGUCGAUACUUUUCGACUGGAUUGAGUAAGUAAUCAAUAGAUGGCACUGCUAUGGUAAACCGACAAACGUGUCAUAUAAGCUACAAUUCAAUAUCAUGAUUACUACGUGUUAUUGAGGCUAAAGUAUAAAUUAAAUUUAUUUUGUAGUAAACGAAAUACCGUGAAAUUCAAUUAUUUCUACUUUUUUAAUUUUUGGUGUUAGCAUAGCCAACUACGUGUUACUUAGACCGAAGUGUAAAUCAAAUUCAAAUUAUAGUGACGAUAAUACAGUGAAAUUAUUCCUGCUUUUUACUUAUUUGUGCUUCAUUAUUCAAAAUUCUAUAAUUAUAAAAUAUAUAAAUUCAAAUGCCACCGAAAAAAUCUAACCUCAACAACGCAAGCACCAGAGAGGCACGACGCAAACGUGUUAAAAGAGCUCAUCAGUUGGCAAAACAAAUCGAAACAGGAAAUACAGCUCAAAGAAUCAAGACAGCAGAAGGUCGUGCACAAGAACAGCCUGAUACACGUCUGCAACAGAAUAUUACGGGAACAAGAGCGGGACAAGAACAAAACAUAACUACAGUACGAGUACAGGAAGGACAAUUUCAAUAUAUACAUUAAAAUGCCACCGAAAAAAUCUAAUCUCAACAACGUGAGCAGCAGAGAGGUACGACGCAAACGUGUUGAAAGAGCUCAUCAGUUGCCAGAACAAGUCGAUACAAGAAAUACAGCUCAAAGAAUUAGGAUAGCAGAAGGUCGUGCACAAGAAUCUCAAGAACAGUGUAGCGAACGUCUGCAACAGAAUAUUACGAGAACAAGAGCGGCACGAAAACGAAACAUAGCUACAGUACGAGCACAAGAACGACAAAGGCAACGGAUCAGCCGCUCAUUAAUACGUACAUCAUUCGUUCGUCUUGCUUUUGAAUAUGCACCAGAUAUUAACUACUCUGCGCAUUCAAAAAUUGCUAUCGGUGGAAUGGAUAAAGUAUGUCAAUAUUGUCAGGCGUUGAAAUUUCGAAAUGAAGCUGCCGGUAUGUGCUGCGCAGCAGGAAAAGUCGUGCUGCCACCUCUAUCCGCUCCGCCAGAACCUUUAUUAUCCCUUCUUGCUGGGAAUUCAGAUGAUUCCAAAUUAUUUUUGCGUAAGAUACGCAAAUUUAAUUCUUGCUUCCAAAUGACGUCAUUUGGGGCAACUAAAAUUUGUGAUCUUGCAUCCGAUGGACGUAAUUUUGAAACUACAUUCAAAAUACAAAGCCAGGUGUACCACAAGAUUGGAUCAUUGAUGCCAAUGCCUGAUGAUAAUCCGAAAUUUCUUCAAAUUUAUUUUAUGGGCAAUUGUGAAGAGCGCGUAACUACUCGGUGCCAGUAUAAUUUCAUUGAACAAGCAGAGGAAAGAGCAAUUGUGAUAUUACUGGAAAAUUUUUUAGAAGAUCAGAAUCAACUACUUCAAUUAAUCAAAAGAGUUUCGCCACGAUCGCAAAAUGACAACUAUCAAAUCGUCAUAAAGGCCGAUAAAGAACCAUUAAGUAAACAUGCUGGUAGAUUCAACGCUCCAACUGUUGAUGAGGUUGCUGUUAUCAUGAUUGGUGAUCCAGUUGACAAAAGAUCUAUAAAAAUGACACGGCGAGACAACACUAUCAGUACGAUUUCGGAUCUACACCGUUCAUUUGAUGCACUACAAUAUCCAUUGAUAUUUUGGCAAGGACAGAAUGAAUAUCACCUUAACAUCAAACAGUGUAAUCCUAAUACCGGUGAUUAUGGAAAUAAAAAAGUGAGCUCAAUGACCUACUACGCACACCAAAUAAUGAUUAGACUAAAUCAGGACAACUAUAUCUUUCGAUAUCGUCAGCUAUUCCAUCAAUACAUUGUUGAUAUGUAUGCUAAGGUUGAAAGCAAACGCUUGCGAUUCAUUCGAUUCAACCAGGCUAAAUUACGAUCGGAAGAAUAUAUUCACUUACGAGAUGCUGUUGCUGGAAACAUCGAUGGAAAUUUAAAUCCUAAUGACAUCGGUAAUGCUUUCAUUUUACCUUCAAGCUACAUCGGCAGUCCACGGAACAUGCAGGAAUACAUACAAGACGCGAUGACUUACGUACGUCAUUACGGCCGACCGGAUUUGUUUAUUACAUUUACAUGUAAUCCGAAUUGGGAAGAGAUACAAACUUUAUUAUUAUCAGGACAACAAGCAAUUGAUCGUCAUGAUAUAACUGCACGCGUGUUUAAACAAAAAUUGAAAUCCUUAAUUGAUUUUAUUGUUAAAUAUUCAAUUUUCGGUAUCACACGUUGUUGGCUGUAUACGAUUGAGUGGCAAAAGCGAGGUUUGCCUCAUGCCCACAUUUUGAUUUGGCUUGAAGAUAAAAUCCGUCCAGAAGAAAUUGAUCAAAUAAUUUCAGCCAAAAUUCUAGACCCAUUAAUUGAUCCAGAAUUAUUUGAUGUUGUCACUAAACACAUGAUCCAUGGGCCAUGCGGUGCUUUUAACAUUACGUCACCAUGCAUGGAAAAUGGAAAAUGUAAGAAAAAUUUCCCAAAGUCGUAUACGAAUGACACUAUCACGGAUAUUGAUGGUUAUCCUAUAUAUCGCCGCAGAAAUACUGAGAAUGGUGGCCACACAUUUACAAUGCGAAUGCCGAAUUAUCCAAAUCAAGCAGAACUCGAUAAUCAGUGGGUGGUACCAUAUUCACCAUUACUUUCAAAAACUUAUAAAGCUCAUAUCAACGUUGAGCUUUGCAGUUCUGUAAAAUCAAUUAAGUACAUUUGUAAAUAUGUAAACAAAGGCAGUGAUUUGGCCAUAUUUGAAGUACAAAAUAUAAAUAAAAUAUUAGGCUUAUUUGGAAGACAAAAAAAAAUUUUAUUUUUUUUUUGA